AAAUAAAUUCUAAAAAACUAAGAUCUACUUUCAAUCGGGAUUGUGGGCUCCGAUUCCGACGACCGGGGCGAGUCAGAGAGAAUCGAGAUUUCUAGAGAGAGAGAGAGAGAAGGAACCCAAGGCGAAAGGAUUCCAGAACGAAGGCUCAACUAGUUCCCGUUUUCGUCUCUAUUUCCUCGAUCGAUUAUCUGAUUUCUUGUUUCGCCACUUCCUUUGAUUUCUUCUUUCUCUUCGUUGUCAAUGUCAACUACACUGAGAAGGUAGCGUGCGGCGCUGGAAUCGAAAUUCUACAUUUGAUUAUGCUUUUUUCUUCUGCGCCGGAGGUGGGAUUUCUUCGUUUUUCAGGUAUGGUUUCGUAUUUCUAAGAUUGGCCGGAAGGCUUUUGGAAUAGUGGCAGAGAUACGGAGAUGGAAUUCAGGAGGCAGCAGGGGGCGACAAGGCCUUCGGUCUUUGAAGAAGUAGCUCGGAAUGCUCGGCGUUCUACUCCUCUUGUAUCCAAUGAAGACGACGAUGUAUAUGAUCUUAGCAGUGACAGUGGCAAUGAUGCUGUGGGAAGUUCUCGGUCCUCGUCCUCUCCAAAAUCUCUUGCUGCCAAAGCCAUAAGAGCUUCAUCGGCGCAUCGGGACUCUUCACUCUCCUCAGCUUAUGCUGCGCGCUCUGCUUCCCGCGUCUCCAAGCCGACUUUCUCUUCUUCUUCUUCCUCCUCCUCUUCCGUUCAGGAUUCAAAGGCAUAUGAAUAUACAUCAAUGAAAAGUUUGAAUGAAUCCAAACAUGGAUUCUGGGGUGCGUUGGCCAGAAAGGCCAAAGCAAUUCUUGACGAUGAUAAUGUCGUCCAGCAACCUGAAGCACCUGGAACUGGAAGAAUGAGGGAACAAGGACUUGGUUCAGGUACAGCUACGAGGGUCAAGUAUCAAAACAACAGUCAGUCAGAAGACAGACAAGAAAAAACAGAAAAUUCUUCCUUCCAGAAAGGAUUGGGUGCAAUUACAUCUUCCCUUAACUAUAUUGGCAAUGCUUUUGAGGAAAGUCUUACGGCUGUGGAAAACAAAACUGUUGAUAUCAUUCAAGAAACUCGGAAGCAUAUUAAGAAAAAAUCUGGUGGUUCAGUGGCACAGUAUCAGACAUCGAAUCCUGGGCCUACGAUGCAAUCUCAGACACAGCCUCAACCACAAACCCAAAUGCAAACUGGCAUUGAGCUUCAGCUGAAGGCAUCUCGCGACGUUGCCAUGGCAAUGGCUGCCAAAGCAAAGCUGCUUCUUCGGGAGUUGAAGACAGUCAAAGCAGAUCUUGCUUUUGCCAAGGAGCGAUGCGCUCAGCUGGAAGAGGAAAAUAAGAUUCUUCGGGAGAAUCGCGAGAGGGGAAACAACCUAGAAGAUGAUGACUUGAUACGUCUUCAACUUGAAACACUUCUGGCAGAGAAGGCUCGGCUGGCCCACGAAAAUUCAGUCUAUGCACGCGAGAAUCGGUUUCUAAGGGAGAUUGUUGAAUACCACCAACUUACCAUGCAGGAUGUUAUAUACCUGGAUGAGGGCACAGAAGAAGUCACUGAAGUUUACCCUAUCAAGCUUCCUGCAGCAUCCAAUCUCAAUGCUGCUUCCCCGCUACCACCUCAGCCGUUUUCGUCUUCAAAUCGACCCGGGGUAGGACUUGACAUGAGCUCACAAAUGACUCAGAUUGUUCCUACCUGCCCCUUGCCCCCAUCAGAUCUGAGGGGAAUCUCCUAAAGCUUCACAUAAUGGAAAAGCUGUCUUACAUUUUUAGUAUACUUUGAUUUAAAUGAUAAAUUACUGUAUCUUGUAGUUUUUUUACUUUUUUACUGUUUCUGCCGUUGUAUCGUAACAAUGUCACCUUUUUUUUUAAUGUGGUGUUAUUUUCUUUC